GGCCAAGAUGCCUUCUCUGGUGAGCAUCAACACAGAAGAAGCCUGUGAUACACUGGUUGGACUGGUGAAACGACAGAAAAAAAUAUGCAAAAAGAAUUUAAUAAUGAUGGAAAGUGUUAAACAGGGAGCCAUUUUGGCUAUCCAAGAAUGUCAGGAGCAGUUUAAGAGCAGACGUUGGAAUUGCAGCUCCAUCGAGUCAUUAGACAGCCCUGGAAAUAUUUUGAACAAAGCUACUCGUGAGUCUGCCUUUGUGUAUGCCAUAUCGUCGGCUGCAGUUGCCCAUACUGUCACUCGAGCUUGCAGCAGCGGGAAAAUGGAACAAUGUGGCUGUGAUCGGAUCGUACAUAAAAAUGCUUCGAUAGAAAGCACUUUCAUUUGGUCUGGCUGUUCUGAUAAUAUAGCGUUUGGAUCAGCUUUCUCUCAGACUUUUGUUGAUGCAAAAGAAAGACGAAGGAAAAUAAACGGUCGGAGUUUGAUGAAUCUUCAUAAUAACCAAGCUGGACGAAAGGCAAUUGAGAACCAUAUGAAAAUCCAGUGUAAAUGUCACGGAGUAUCUGGAACAUGUGAAAUGCGAACUUGCUGGCGAGCGAUACGCUCGUUUCGUGAAGUUGGAGAGAUAAUAAAAGAGAAAUUCGACGGAGCCACAGAAGUUCGUAAGAAGAACAAAGGAACUAAGAAAUUAUUAGUUCCAAUGAAUCCAAAGUUCAAACCUCACACACAAGAAGAUUUAGUUUACUUGAUUGUAUCACCGGAUUUCUGUGAACCCCUCCCUAAGGUCGGUAUUCCAGGCACGCACGGCCGGUUAUGCAACUUAACUUCGAAAGCAAUUGACGGUUGUGAUCUACUGUGUUGUGGCCGUGGUUACAGAACUAUACAGAGGAUUUCCGAUGAGCGAUGCAAUUGCAAGUUUAACUGGUGCUGUGUCGUAAAAUGCUUAACUUGUUCAGUCGUAAUACACGAAUUUUAUUGCUUAUGAAAGAAGAAAAAAACAUGCAAUGGUACCUUACGCCAAUGACUUUUAAAAUAUAGACAGUAGGUAUAACAGAUGGAGACUGAAAUCUGUUUAAAACCAUUUUCAUACAAUUGUAAUAUAAACACAUCAGUUUUUAUAACAUUUUAUAACAACAGCGUCAAUAUAAGCUGUGACAUUUGAAUAGUUAUUUAUUUAUCGUGGAAAUUAACUGCAAAUAUAUACAGAAAGCA